AUGGCUUUAGCUGCCCUCCGCUCGAGUCGCAGUCUUGGGCCCCUGGUCCGCCUUCUGCGACCUGAAAGGCGCUGUAUUGCGACUGCGACCGCUACAGCAUCGCCCCCGGCGCCCGCCGCCCUCGACCACGAUGGCCCGGCGCUGUCGCUACCGCACCAGGUUGAAGUGACCAACAGGCGGCAAGCCAUCAAGUCAGCGAAGCCCUUUUCCGACUUCCUGACGGACAAGUACAACCGCCAACAUGACUAUCUGCGUAUCAGUGUCACUGAGCGAUGCAAUUUGCGUUGCCUGUACUGCAUGCCCGAAGAGGGUGUCCCGCUCUCGCCGUCGAGCCACCUCCUCACCACGCCCGAGAUCGUCUACCUCUCCCAGCUCUUCGUAUCUCAAGGCGUUACCAAGAUCCGCUUGACUGGAGGGGAACCCACUGUGCGUCCUGACAUUCUGCCUUUGAUGCAGCAAAUUGGAGCUCUCAAAUCAAAGGGCUUGCGCGAGCUCGCUCUGACUACAAAUGCCAUUUCGCUGCACCGCAAACUGGACAAGAUGGUCGAAGCGGGUUUGACUGGGGUCAACAUCAGCCUCGACACUCUCGAUCCUUUCCAGUUCCAGAUCUUGACUCGUCGCAAAGGAUAUGACGCCGUCAUGAAGAGUAUCGAUCGUGUCCUAGAAAUGAACAAGUUAGGCGCCGGAGUCAAGCUGAAAGUCAACUGCGUCGUCAUGCGUGGCAUUAACGAACGCGAGAUUGUUCCCUUUGUUGAGAUGGGCCGGGAGAAAGACAUCGAAGUACGCUUCAUUGAGUACAUGCCUUUUGGUGGGAACAAAUGGAGCGAGCGGAAGAUGUUGACCUACCAGGAGAUGCUGGACAUAAUCCGUGAGAAGUACCCAACACUUCGUAGUGUCAAGAGCCAUCUCAACGACACGAGCAAGACGUACGAGAUCCCGGGCUUUGUAGGAAAGAUCGGCUUCAUUACUAGCAUGACACACAACUUCUGCAGUACCUGCAACCGCUUACGCAUCACGAGCGACGGCAGCCUCAAAGUCUGUCUUCAUGGCAACACCGAAGUCUCGCUAAGAGAUCUUUUGCGCAAGGACAACGAAAACAAUCCAAUGGAUGAGCAAGCGUUCGAGGCCAUCAGAGAGAUAGAGAUGAACAGACGUCAAGGACUGUCUGUAAUCGACACAAGACCAAGUUGGAUUGAGCGCGAGACCGCGUUGCUGAAUCUCAUAGGAGAAGCAGUCAAGCGCAAGAAGGAGAAACAUGCUGGCAUGGAAGAACUGCAAAACAUGGAAAACCGGCCCAUGAUACUUAUUGGUGGGUAG